AUGGAAGACCCCACUCGACGUGAGGCACACAGAAUCGAAAUCCAGCGUCUUAUCAUCCGCACUGCCGUAUAUGGGGAUGCGCUAGACAUUGCCGCACUCCGCGGUGACCGGGAGAACAACCCCUAUGGGGGCGCAGACUCCAAUGAUCCGGAGGUCUGCAUGGGUCGUAUUUCAAGGUGGCAGAAAGCAAAUGCAGAAGGCCGCUAUGCGUUCCUGGUGAUCCUGCUCCGGGACUCCGGGAGGCUGAUUGGUUUCGGUGGCUACAAUGAGUUCCGUUGGAUCAAUCUUUCCGGCGACCAAACCGAGGAUAGGAAGGAUGUUUUGGAGGUGGAAAUCGGCGCGCAAAUCGACCACAGAUAUUGGCGGCAAGGGUAUGCGCGAGAGGCCUUCGUCGCGAUGCUGGAAUAUGCGUUCAAUGAUUUGGGGCCAGUACAGAUUUCUUGCGAUACAAACACCGCGAAUGAGCCAUGGAGAGGACUCAUGCAAUCAUUCGGGCUUGGCGCAAAGGAAGAGAAACAGGUGAAUUCGGAAGGCCAUCCAGCCGCCGGGAAUACUUCUUUGGUAUGGCGAUUCACUCGAGCAUAUUUGGAAGCUGCGAAGGCCGCCAACAAAUAA